GUUGUUCCCCCAUCAUUAAUUAUAAUAGACCCAGUCAAGAUCGUCCUUAUCUCCUCACUGCACUGGCCCACGUAUCAUAGCCUCUGACAGGCAGUCAUUCGUUUGUCCCAGUUUUGGGCCUCUUCUGCCACGAGUAUCUCUGGCUAACUGAGUCAAAGCCUGGUUCUCUUUACUGUGAGACUGCUCCUGCUCAUCAACGUAUUGAUGGCGCUAGGAAAUUGAUCUUGUCCGGAAGACUGGCCAUGUAAAGUUUCCUCCUAUCGGAUGCCGCGUAAAAAGGCUGCAGACCGCGUGGGUCCGGUCAAGACCCGAAGCCGUAGCGGCUGCAAGGAAUGCCGCGCGAGUCGAGUCCGUUGUGACACACAAAAGCCGAUCUGUACCAGGUGUCGGGAAAGGGGCCUAGUUUGCUCAACGCAACUGGUCCUGAAAUGGGAGUCGGAGUUUGUGAGUCGAGGGCUUGCCUUCGGUCGAGCUGGCGUUUGGAGUAAGUCCGGCUCUCAAUCCAAGGCAUCGCCGCCCUCAUCUUCGCUUCUGGAUGAUGACCAAGAAUGGUGCGAUAUCCCUUUCAUUGAGUCUUGGGGGUUUGUCAAUAGCGGGGUCUCGACUUUUGAGCAACCGGACCAAGUCAACGUUGCUUGUGAUGAAUUAAACGCGGUGGUGGUUCGCGACAAAGGAAAAGAAAGACUGGCAGUCAGGUCAAACUGGCCUGCGCUAGUAGAUAUCUCAGAGUAUGGGCCAAUUCUACAACAGCUGCCGCAGCCUAUGGCCUCCUUACCGUUGUUUCCCCACGUUGCUGGACAAAACCAGGGACACCUCUUCGAGUAUUACCUUCAGCAAGUGUGUCCCCGUACAACUGCCAGCUCAAAGCUAUCAUCGCCAUUUGCAUCAAUCAUUCUUCCAUUCUGUCUAUCUGCAUCACCAAUACUGUUCAAAUCGAUCCAGGCACUGGGGGCAUGUCACUGGUCUCGAUUUGAUCCGACCUACGGGGUCAUAGGACUUCAUCUUAAGUCCGAAGCGUUGAGGGGCCUCCGCCACCGACUUGCAACAGAAGGGACCUUGAGCUGCUCGACCGACCCUGAAGUGCUGGCUAUCAUGAUGAUGCUGUGCCUGUAUGAAAUCGUGGAUAAUUGUGAUGAGCGCUGGACGAUUCAUCUGAAGGGAGCCAAGGACCUUAUCCGCCUUAGAAGACAACAGACAAUGCUUUCUAAGUCCCGUGGUGUCCAAGACCCUAUUACAACCUUUGCCGAGUUAUUCUUUGCAUUUCAAGAUGUCAUGGGCCGCACGGCAUGCGGCGAGGAAGUGUUAUUUGGAAGUGACUAUUGGCAAGAAAAUGAGCGUAACAUCGAUUUGUGGAUGGGCUGCAGUCCGGAACUCGUCUCUAUACUGUCUUCUAUUACAGAAUUGAGCCGGACAAGACGACAGCUUACUUCUGAUUCCGCCCGGGCGGCUUUCUCUCUACGAUCAGCUUCUCUGGGACAAAAACUUGAGAACUUGGUCCAGGAAAUCGAUGGUGAUGAUGAUGACGACCCAACACUCCAGACUGCCGCAGAGCUAAAGCGGUUGGCUGCGGUGUUGUAUUUGCAUUGCGCCUUAUAUGGGGCGUCACCAUCUACCUCGUUGGUUGUUAAAUACGUUCGGAAGGUUCUACGACUCGUUUCAGAUUUACUUGAUUCUGGAUCACCAGUCAGUAUGACGUGGCCUGUCUUUGUGGCUGCUGUGGAAUUAGACCCUCUUCAUGACGAGGUGUGGUCCGAUGGCGAGACCGUUGUAUACGGCCGACCGCUUGUGCUACGUGCGUUGGCUGCGAUGGCGGAAUCGAGUGUCUCGAAUGUUGCGCGCACCAGAGCAGUCAUCGUCAAGGUAUGGCAAGCUAGGGACAGUGACAUGCUGAAAGGAUCCUCUGUUGAUUCGUUGGAUCACGCGACGAGCUGUAACGAUUGGGAAUGGUAUGUUGCGCCAAUCAGUACUGCCAUGAGCUUGGCGUGACUUGGACACAACCAUCACGAUGAGACGAGUUUCUUUGGAAUCAUGGGACAUUUUCCUUUGGCAAUUUCUAUUCUUCUGUGUUUUAUGCAUGUAAAAUAUCCAUUUUCUCUGAACGAGACCUCUUAGUGUUAGAAUGUGUAAAGCAUGACGGGUACUCAGAUCUCACGAUGCUUAUCGAAAGUGGUGCCAUGGCUGCCGGACCAAUCAGCAUCGCCAGACGAGGAGGAGGGGCUACACAGAGCGUGAUUCGCCAAAUCCAGCGGCAAAGGACGUCAGUACCGAUUUCAGUAGCAGACCCAAGGUCCGACAUUCCUAGGCGUCCGUCCCAUCUUUC